AGUAUUUUCAUGUAUGUCUGGCUUUGCUCAAAUGAAUGAGUUAAAUGUGCACCUCGCUGAUUCUGUAACUGUGCACUGAUGAGGAACAUAUAGCCAACAAUGUAAAAGAUGGUUGUUUGAUUCAAAUUCAGUUCAGCCACAGGAUGUAAAUGCAUUGGCCGUAGUUUGCUGCCCAAUCGUCUUAUAGAGAAGAUCGUGUUAGAUGCUGAGCCGUGUCUCUCCGGCUCUGAGGGGGUUAAGCUCACACAAGCUGCUCCGCCAGAGGAGCCUGAGUGAAAUCAGCCUCUGCAGGAUCCAAUCCACAGUCACAGGCGCCGGAUAGCAGCGCGCGAACACUCACACUGGGAGCAGGUGGCGCAGAGGUGGAGCCGCGGUAUCCACGGCUGCUCUCGGGGCAGCACUUGUUGAAUCCACACCUUGAGGUCAGGACAGAGCAGACUGGACACGGUGAUGCCCCUGUAACAGAAACACAGGGAUGUUUUUCAGCAUGUCGGGGGGCAGCUCGUGAUGCCUCCAUUAACUCCCAGCAGAGAGCCGGAGACGCGGGCGGACAGAGCAAGUUCCAGCGCUUUGACUCAAGAAAUGGUGCCGGUGCGCGUCCAUAAAGUGACUGUGGAUAUACGGGAGAUGACCCCAGAGAAGAAGGUGGGACCCUGAUGUGGUCACCUGCAGGGCCAUGACUUCUUAAUCCGUCAGACUGCCCAUUCAAGUCUUUGCAAGUGACCCAGCAACUUGAGUGAAGAUGAUGAAAACAGGGCCUCGGUUGACGACCGCCCUGCCACCGGACACCAUGGACAUCAUCCAGAGCAAGACCCACACUCGGCGGGUGAGGCUCAACGUCGGGGGCCUCAUCCACGAGGUCCUGUGGAGGACGCUGGACAGGCUUCCCCGCACCAGAUUGGGCAAGCUGAGAGACUGCAAUACCCACGAAUCCAUUACAGAGAUCUGCGACGACUACAGCUUGGACAACAUGGAGUUCUUCUUCGACAGACACCCAGGGGCCUUCACCUCCAUCCUCAACUUCUACCGUACAGGGAAGUUGCACAUGAUGGAGGAGAUGUGCGCCCUGUCCUUCAGCCAAGAGCUGGACUUCUGGGGUAUCGACGAGAUCUACCUGGAGUCCUGCUGCCAGGCCAGGUACCACCAGAAGAAGGAGCAGAUGAACGAGGAGCUCAAGAGAGAAGCUGAGAACUCGAGGGAUAGGGAGGGAGAGGAAUUUACCACCACGUGUUGUUCUGAGAAGAGGAAGAAACUCUGGGACCUCUUGGAGAAGCCAAGCUCAUCGUUCGCUGCUAAGAUCCUGGCAAUCAUCUCCAUCCUCUUCAUUGUGCUGUCCACCAUUGCCUUGUCUCUGAACACCCUUCCAGAGCUGCAGGACACAGAUGAAUUUGGUCAAUCCACAGACAACCCACAACUGGCUCACGUGGAAGCUGUGUGCAUUGCCUGGUUCACCAUGGAGUACCUUCUCCGUUUCCUCUCCUCCCCCAGCAAGUGGAAGUUCUUUAAGGGUCCUCUGAAUGUUAUCGACCUUCUGGCCAUCCUGCCAUACUACGUCACCAUCUUUCUAACUGAAUCCAAUAAGAGUGUGCUGCAGUUUCAGAACGUGCGCCGUGUGGUUCAGAUUUUCCGGAUCAUGCGUAUCUUGCGUAUUCUGAAGCUGGCGCGUCACUCCACAGGUCUUCAGUCUCUUGGCUUCACUCUCAGGAGGAGCUAUAAUGAGCUGGGACUGCUAAUCCUUUUCUUGGCCAUGGGCAUCAUGAUCUUCUCCAGCCUAGUGUUCUUUGCAGAAAAGGAUGAAGAGGACACCAAGUUCAAAAGCAUUCCAGCUUCUUUCUGGUGGGCAACCAUCACUAUGACCACAGUAGGCUACGGAGAUAUCUAUCCAAAAACUUUACUGGGAAAAAUUGUUGGGGGUUUGUGUUGCAUCGCCGGAGUACUGGUCAUUGCCCUGCCUAUUCCCAUCAUUGUAAAUAACUUCUCUGAAUUCUACAAAGAGCAGAAGAGGCAGGAGAAAGCCGUCAAAAGAAGGGAGGCCCUGGAGCGGGCGAGGAGAAAUGGCAGCAUUAUCUCUAUGAACACGAAAGACGCAUUUGGCCGCAGUGUCGAGCUCAUGGAUAUAAUGGUGGAAAAAUCUGAUGAGAAAACGGAGAAGCUGCAUGAUAACCACGUUUCUCCUAGUGUGCAGAGAGGGACGCCCAAACUCAAGGGACAGAUGAGCCCCUGCAGCCCCAUAAAGACUCUUGAGUCAAGCUACCAAGAGCAGGCCAAGCCCUCCGGCAGCCCUCAGCAUCUUAGUGUGCAGAAACUGGAGGAGAUGUACAACAAGAUGGCCAAUAUUCAGUCACAACCCGACUUUGACAGCAAGGAAAAAGGGCCUCCACCCAAAGCAGUUGGCCGGAGAGCUGAAUUCGAGAUGGCUUGCAUCGCCACUGACGGCAUCUCAAGCACAGCAGAGGCAGUCACACAUAUGAGGAGCAUUUCCAGCAUUGACAGCUUCAUCAGUUGCACCACUGAUUUUGCUGAGAGCUCUCGCUUCACCCAUAGUUCAAACAGCAACGUGCCAGGGAAGGUCAGCACCAACCCCAGCCUGCAGCCCACCCCGGAGAUUGAGCAGGAAGGAUCUCAAGGCACCAGAACACCUCGGACAGGACAAGGCAAAAAGCCCAGCCUGUAUUCCGACAGCCCCCGGGGUCUACGAUUCAACAAGCCACACAAAAGCCACUCGCUCAAGGUCAACUUCAGAGAGGGUGAGGAUACAGGGACAGGGCCGCUUUCAGACAGCUCGUCAGUCCAGAGCCCAGAAGUGUCCAUCUACACAACUGCCAGCAGCAGGACACCCACCAAGAGCCAAGAGAAUUUACCACCCAGCAUCUUCACCUUCCACGACGCAUCCAUCAAUCAGUUCAUUGAUGCUGACACCGAUGAAGAGGAUCACCUGCGAGAUGGCUCGGGUACCAACCCUUCCCAGAGACUACUGGAAAAAGCCAGCCCCAAGUUUGGCCAUCACAGCAGCUUCCAGCAGGGGUCCAACCACAAAGGGGGCCUCCAGAGGAAGCUGGGUAACAGCACACUGCCGUUAGAGGGGCAGGAGAACCAUGUGGCUCGGGAACUCCAGCCACUUCACGGAGAGAAGAGUCACUCCAAUGCUUAAAGUUACGAUAAGUGAGAGACCACAGAGGAAACGAACAGGAGGGGAGGAGGCAGAGUAAGAAUGAAGCCCAGUGAGCUUCUCCAUUAUCUGACAAGCACUGAAAACAUUUGCAGGAACAUUUGAAGAACUGAAAUUACAAAGGGGAGAUUUUUUUGUGUUCUGCUCUCAAACAUUUACUGAUCAAGGACUCUUAGCAGGGGAUUCUGAUCUAAUAGGUUUAAAAAAAUGCCCAUGGGGAAGUUUGUACUAUUUAUAUAUCUGUUUUAGCCAUGAUUUUAAACAACAAAUACAACUAAGUUAUAUUAGAGUGCAGAAUAUUGUUUUUAUAACCAAAACCUCAUAUUUUGGAUAAAGCCACUAUAGCAAAGGCAGUCCGAUCAGUAGCAAACCACAGAGGGCAUUGAAAUACAUUCAGCUGAGAUAAUAACAUUGUUCUAUGUAUGCAUUUUUCUUAAGUUAUUGUUAUAUAUUAUAAAAUCACAAGACAUGAUUUGCUUCCUUCCACUUCCUCAGAACUGGCCUUAGUUCAAGUUGUCUCCCGUGUUUAAUCUUUGUGUUUGUACUUGUUCGAAGCACAGAUAGAGGCACUCAGGGCGAAGAGCGCAUUCGUCUUUCGUUGAGUGUGAACUCGAGAAGAAUCAAGUGUUUGGUGUCUUGCUCACUGAUAUUUAUUUACCGCACAGAAAACAUUAAGACAACACAGAGGGAAACUGUGAGGCUGCAUCCCUCCAUUUCCUUCUUGUUCCUGUUGUGCCCGACUGCCGGCAAGGAAGAGCACCUUAACUUGAAAACUAUUUUUAAUUGCAAACACAGGAAAAAAAAGGUUGUUGUUUAUUCUUGUUUUGUUUACGUAUUCUCGUUUUGUUUCUAAAUGUCUGUUUGUGUCCCUCAGAUUGAUUUGUUUUACAAAACAAAGUCUUGUGUUAUUUCAAAACUUUCACAAAGGUGUUUUCCUUCCUAUUGUCGCCGAUAAUAAUAACUUUAUAUCCAAUACCAGAGCUCAUGAGUUCAUCAGGUGAGCAGGCAAGAGUGUGAAUAUUGUGAAUAGAAAAAGGCAAGAGUAGAAUACUACAAAGUUACACAUUUAUAGUGCAAGGUAAAGAAUCAAAUUCAAUUAUAUUUUUAAGGUAUUUUAAAAAACAAUGGAGUUAGAUUAAAAUAUAUUGUGCUUAUGUCAUAGAUUUACAAUUCCACUAUGUUCUGCAUUAUUUUGAUGGAGUUGCAUUUAUAACUAUACCACAGUAGAUGCAUUUGUAUGUUUGCUACCGUCUCGCUGUUACUGUCUGUCCCUUUAUCCUUUGUACAAUGUGAAGAACCAAAGAAUUGUUCUUUCAGAUACAGAUGAUGAAGAGGUUUUACUGUUUUAUCUGAAGAUAUUAGAAAUUAAAGCAUUCCUUGUAGUAGCCGAAUCUGACAUAUUUCUGGGAGCCAUACCUGCUCAUUCAAUACAAAACGUGUAGGAUGGAUAAUACGCGACUGGCAUCGGAAGGAGAAAAGCUGUGGAUGGAGGAGUCAGAAGAAGGCUAAUGCAGAGGGACCAGAGCCCUUUAUUUUACAGCCAUUUAAAAAGCUAAUUCGAUUAUUUACACUCUGUGGUUCCCUGCAGGAUUUGCUCAAGGAAAUCCCAAACAUUAUGCUCGUUUGAGUUCACAUGACUUGAACAUGAACAUAGAGCCAGCUUGAGGUCACAUAUACAGCAAUGCCUCCCCCCAAACAGCACGGAGGUGCACUGUGUGUCCGCGGGUCACUUCAACUCAACCAAACGUCCUGCAUCCUGCUUUCCUGUGUGCAGCUGACUCCAAACAUGUGACCAAUCUCAGUGUUUUGUUUUAUUAUCUGGUGCUCUCAUGCUCUCUGUUGCAAUAAUCAUGCAAGUGUAGCUUUAUUACAUUGUCAACUUUACAACAUAUCAUGAAAGCAUGCUGCUGCAAAGUAAAUUAUUAUGCUUAAAAUUAGUGCUCAGUUGUUGGUUGUUUUCAACAUUAGAUUAAUAAGAGUUAGAUAUUUCUGUGCCUUUGCUUUUAACGCCUGCCCCCCCGCUCACUCACUGUCACUGUCGUACGGAGCCUGAAUGACAAUUUAAUAAACUGUACAGCAAACAAACACACAGAGAAGAUGGUCGUCGUGCUGUCACACUUCCUCUGACGUCUCUCCCCGGCACUUGACACCUAAAUACAUCGAGUAUUUACAGGGGGGAAAAGUCCCAAUGCACAAAAAAAAAAAAAAACAGGUGCAGACUCACUCAGAAGAGUGAAUGGCACCUGUUUCCAUGGUGAUGCUUGAUAUGACUGGCUUCACACAUUCAUAGUUUCCCUCACCUGUGGCUUCAGUCUGCUGAAGGAUGAAUCAUUAAAGAAAUGUUGUUAGCAGGAAAAGUAGAUUUUGGGGCCUUUCAUUCAUCAUUCCUUUAUUUCUCAAAGAAUCUGGCACACGUUGCAGCUUAUUAACAGGGCAGAAAAGAGCCUGACCACUGCAGUGUGCGUCUGAAACUGUGCUGCUCCCUUCGGCUGCUGAGUCCCGGGGAGUGAGAACGUGUGAAAUGUGAAUGGAAUAGGAAGAAGCAGUGUGUGGCAGAGGGAGCAGUGCUGCAGAGCUGUCAGCCUGAUUAAAACUGACAUUCCUAAUGACGGCUGAGGCAUUCUGCUCCCUCGUCCCAUGUCCCGCUCCAGCCUGAACACCUCUUUAACUCAGACAAGACCAUCAUCCAAAAAACUGUCUGUGAGCUCCUCUUUCAUCCUUUGAGAAGAUGCAGCAUUCCAGAGGCAAGAGGGCUGCCAUGCUAUUCUGCAAAUGAGAAAUGAAAUUCAAGGAGCGUCCCCGAGCUUGAGAGCUUCGCAGAAAGUGACAAAGCAAAAGUGGCUGCUGGGUUGAGGAUGUGUUCAUUUCUGUGAUUCUAUAAAUAUUAUCUUGGCCAUCAAGCAACGUCUGGGUCAGCAGGAAAAGCUCAGUUACAACGCAAAACAUUUGUUCAGAUGCUGCCACUGGAUCCCGAGGAAGCCACUUAGCAAGAAAGAGUCUGGAGAGCUUUAAGGAGACUACACAAACAGUCAGUGGUGUGAGGGAUUUGUUGCAGGCCGCCGCUUAAUGCUGCAUAGUAAUGUGAGAGAAAUGUCAAACUGACCAAUCGUCUUUCACAACUGAAGGAGUAAAACACAGAGGAAAAAGAUUAGUGUGCUUUUACACAACGAGGAGAGAAGAGUUAAUUAAUAUUCACCACACAACAUUCAGACAUGUGGAAAAUACUGAGAAAUCUGUGGAUUCAGCCUCUAAUCACGGUGGAUUAACCAGUUACUCAAAACAAGCCCUAUAGUCUUUUGAAAUGGUUAAAGCUAUUUUGUCUGUCGGAUGAUUGUCACCAAUGUCAAUGCUUUUUAUAUCUUUUCUUUCUUUUCUUUUCUUUUCUCCUGAACUGCACUUUAUUUCUUUUCUUUAUUAAAUCCUCUGCCGUCUAGCAUCCAUGCAAAUAAACGUGUCAGCAUACAAGUGUAGACAUAGUGGUUUGAAUAAUACAGUUUUCAAAAGCACAAGAUUAAAUGCUGUUAGAUAACCAUUUUUCUUUCUGCACAAUAAAACGUCGCACAAGAGAUUUAAGCCAAAAACAGACACAUCAUUUAAUUCUGAGACUCUUGCCCUUAUUCUUCUUGUUCUUCUUCAGGGAAUAAAUCAGCUCUGCUCAGAUCUCACUGGUCUGUAUGCUGCCCAUUACUGUGUCUGGGGGGAAAUGUCGGUUUUGUAAAGUUUCGUACUUUCUACCAGUGGACUUUGUAGGAUGUUAUCUUUGUGGUCCCCUGUUGUUCGACGCAUGUAGCGCUAUUAAAACCUCUGUCACACCGAACUUGUAAAUAUCAUCUGAGAAGCUAUAGAGAAAAAUAAAUGUCUACGAUGAGCAAUUUUAAAGCAAUUUUACUGAUUGAUGCUUAAUAAAAGACAAUAAUCCAGA